AUGCUGCCGCAGCAGCAGCAGCCCCUCAUAUGCCGGGCGAACAGGAUCCAUGCGCCCGGUAGCAGCACCGGCGGCGGCGGCAGUAUCAUGUCGCCCCUGGACGCAACUCUGCUCGAGCAUGGCGACGCCGUAUUCCAUCAUUACGUGCACGUCGUGACCACCGUAGACCCGACCCACCAUGCCUCGGAGCAAAUGUGGCGCUGGGACAAGGCGGUGCGGGCCUACGCCCCGUCCUACGACUUCCUCUACUACGCAGUGCUCACCUUCGCCUCGCUGCACCGCUCGCUGCUGUACCAGCGCGUCGGCAACAACACUCAGCAGGCGGACAACCACGUCGCCCUCGCGUCGGCAUACCAGAGCCGUGCGCUGGCCGGCUUCACGCCCGCCAUCUCCAAGCUGAGCAACGGCCACGCCGUCGGCGACACGGACGCCGUGCUGACCUGCUCAUCCAUCAUCCUUGCCUGUUCCUUCGCGUUCCCGCCAGCCCCGGGCCAAGACAUACUCGACCAGGCGGUGCAGGUGAUUCACCUCUUCUACGGGACCUCGGCCUUGUACGAGCGUGCGUGGGAAGCCGAAGACGACGGACGACGGAGCGGGCCCUUCCCCUCUCCCCCGCCAUCCUUCUCCUCGCGCACCACCACCACCAGCGACAUCAGCUCCUACGUCCGAGAUCGCAUGCGCGCCGGCGACGAGCUCGGCGACGGCCUCCCAGCGCCCGAAGCGGAAGCGUCGCUGGAACGAGUCGUCGACGCGGUGCUGCUGCGUAGCGCCGCGACCACGACCACCACGACCACGACGAAAUCCUCUCCCCCGCCGCGUGCCCCCUCCUCCUCAACCUUCCUCGCCAUGCUCAACCCCACCCUCCUCCACCACCACUCCUCCCUCCCCUCCUCCCCGCCCUCCCUCUCCCAAACCACUCCCGAUCCCAACCCCGCACCCACAACACCACAAGACCCCCCUUCCCCCCCUUCUCCACUCUCCACAUUCCUCCCCCCCCUCACCGCCCUCCGCCUCCUCUUCCGCCGCCUCGCCGCCCGCCCGCGCCUGCACACCAUCGCGCUGCACUGGCCCGCGCACCUGCCGCCGGCCUUCCUCGCCGCGCUUGCUGCGCCGCCUCCGCCUCCGCCUCCGCCUCCGCCCGGGUCCCGCCGCCCCCGCUCCCGCCCCCGCCGUCCCUGCCGCCGCCGCGACCCGCUCGCGCUCGUGGUGCUCGCGCACUGGGCCCGGUGUCUGGCCGGGUUCGCGCACAUGUGGUGGGUGGCGCGGUGGGGGGAGAGGGUUGUGCGGGCGGUGGUGGGCGAGGUUGCGGGGGGGCUUGAGGGGGGACGUGGUCUGGGUGGUGGCGGAGUGGGGGGCGGGAGGGGAGGAGGGGGAGGGGCGGCGGAGGGAGGAGCUGGUGGGGAGGAGGAGGAGGAGGAGGAGGAGGAGCGGGGUGGAGCGGCGGCGGCGGCGCUGGCGGAAGCCGAGGCGAAUGCCUGGCGUGCGUGUCUGGAGUGGCCGGUGCGAGGACUUGGCGGCGGCGGCGGCGGCGGCGGCGGCGGCGGUGAUGGUGCGCAGGUGGGCGUUGGCAGUUGGCAUCGGUGA